AUGCGGCCCCUCUCUGCCAUUGCCCGCGCCGGCCCACGCGUUUUUCGUCCUUCGGGGCGCUACACGGCUGCGUCCCGUUGUCUGCACAGCUCCGCUCCCAAGCCUGCCACUCCACUGCCGCAUCCCACUGCCCCAGGUCCGCCGCCGGGGCCGCCGAAGCCCGCUGCCUCGACCGCCGAAGAUCGGAUUGCGCGCAAACGCCAGCAGGCCGAACUGUUCCAAGAAAGCCGCAAUGCGAAGGCAAACCCCUCGAAGCCUGCAAGUGCGCUAAAGAAGCGCUUCUGGCGUGAUGUGCACGUCAAGCAGACACCAGACGGCCAUCAGGUUCUUCUCGAUUCGCGACCCGUCCGGACGGCUUCAAAAAAUAUUCUUACCAUCCCCCCAAACAAGCAACAGCUCGCCGCUGCAAUUGCGCUGGAAUGGGAUCUCUUGCUCAAUGCACAGCAGGCCCUUAAGCAACACUACAUCCCUCUCACCUCCCUGACGUCGCGCGCGAUCGAUAUACAAACAGAAGAUGCGGCGGGCGAUUCAAACAUCCGGGAGAGUAUCGUGAAGAUGCUUAUGAACUACCUCACCACCGAUACGCUUCUCUGCUGGGCACCGGAACACAACAUUCAUGAGGCGAGGGACUUAAGCGAGGGUACGGAGAAUUUGCGCCAGGUGCAGAUCAAGACGGCGCAGCCCAUUAUCAACUUCCUCACCACCAAGCUGUGGCCGGGUGUGGACAUCACGCCUAUUCUGGCACCUGAUAGCAUCAUGCCCGUGCCGCAGCCGCCGAACACGGUCGAGGUCAUUAAGGGGUGGUUGUCUACCCUGCCGGCAUGGGAGCUGGCCGGCAUGGAGCGCGGUGUUCUGGCAAGCAAGAGCUUGCUGGUAGCUGCUCGUCUGAUGGCCGAAUGGAGCCCCGAGUUUGCCCACACCCGCGACAACCAGCCUGACGGAAGCCGGUUCGGAAUUGAGGAGGCAGCUGAGGCCAGUAGCCUGGAGGUUACCUGGCAAACGGGCAUGUGGGGAGAAGUCGAGGACACGCACGACGUUGACAAGGAGGAUCUGCGGCGACAGCUUGGCAGCGUCGUGCUCCUGGUCAAUGGAUAA